AUGGCGGCGCAAACAUCAACCGCAGCAAAAACGAAGGUGCCAAUUCCGGUAACACUAUUGUCAGGAUUCUUGGGCAGUGGGAAGACGACCCUCCUCAAGCACAUUCUCACCUCACGCGACCAUGAUCUCCGCAUUGCAGUCAUUGUGAAUGAUAUGGCUGCUCUGAAUAUUGACGCAUCCCUAAUUAGACGUCAUGUUGUCUCAAAGACGAGUGAGAAGCUGAUCCAGCUCGAGAAUGGAUGCAUUUGCUGUUCUCUCCGAGGCGAUCUGCUGGACGAACUGGCAAGAUUGGCAAGAAGUGGUGAAUGUGACUACGUUAUUAUUGAAAGCACGGGGAUCAGCGAACCCAUGCAAGUCGCCGAGACAUUUACGGAAGAGUUCACACAGGCCAUGAUCCAGGUGGCAGAAGAGGGAAAUAUGGAUAAUGCGGAUGACCAGAAAACUCUCCAAGAGAUAGCCGAACUAGGGGGGUUGCAGAAAAUCGCAAAGCUGGACACAUUGGUCACCGUCAUUGAUGCGUUCAACUUCUUCCUCAACUUCUCAACCACCGAUUUCAUUUCCGAACGAUGGGGGAAGGACCAGAUGGAUCCUGAAGAUGAGAGGACCGUUACCGAUCUCAUGGUCGAUCAGAUAGAGUUCUCGACAACUAUCAUCAUCAAUAAGGCUGAUGCUGUCUCGCCAGAGGCAAAGGAAAGGAUCCUGGCUAUUACGAAGCAGCUCAACCCAACUGCCAGAGUCAUUGAGAGUAACUUCUGCAAGGUAGACAUCCGUGAGGUAGUUGCCACACAGUCCUAUGACUUUGAGAAAGCUGCCACUGGGAUGGGAUGGCUUCAAAGUCUGCACGAUCUGGCUAUAAGGGAUGUCAACGGGCAGAAAAAAAUUGGUCCCACGCCAGAGACCGAGGAAUACGACAUCUCAAGCUUUGUUUACCAAGCCCGCCGCCCAUUUCAUCCGAAGCGGUUGUAUCAACUAAUUCAUGACAAGUUUGUCCUGAUGGAGGGCGUGGUCGAAGAUGAAAACGAAGAUGACGAGACAGUGGAAGACGGAGAAGACAGCGACGAAGAUGACAAUGUUUUGGACAGCAGUUCUAGCAGCAGCUCAGACCAAGGCAAACAGAUGGGAGAUGUCGAUUCCUGGUCAGACAUUUCAAUGGCUGAUGCUGAAGAGGAAGACGACUUCUCGAAGUCCAUCGACCCAAAGACUGCUUCAACAAACAAAGCCAAUGAUCCUGUAUUCAAGGGGCUACUGCGCUCGAAAGGAUUUGUAUGGCUUGCCACUAGGCCUGGUCUUCACGGAGAAUGGUCACAGGCCGGUACAAUGUUGACACUUCAGGGAGGAGGUCCUUGGUUCUGUGUUCUUGAAGACUCUCAAUGGCCAGAGGAUGAGCCAACUCGACAAAACAUCAUGGCUGAUUUUCAAGAGCCAUGGGGUGACAGACGUCAAGAAAUUGUGUUCAUAGGAGAGAAGCUUAACCAUGACGGCUUGCAGACCGAUUUUGAUCAGUGUCUGUUAACAGACCUCGAGAUGAAAAAGUGGGAAAGAGUAAUGCGGCUAAAGGACAAAGAUGCCAUCCAUGACAAGCUUGCGAAUCUAUUCGAGGGUAAGUUUGCGAUCGGUCGUACCACGAGAGCUUAUUGA